AUAAAAAUAUAUUUCAAACCCGAAAAAUAAAGCUUAGGGUUUGACUGAAAAAUGCAAAUUGUGUAAAGAAGCCGAGAAAUCUCGAGACUGUGUGUGACUCACCCGCGCGUGCCGGUGAAUUCUUUCGAUUCCGGCCACUCCGGCAACACGCAGAUCGAUGCCUAGCUGGUCCCGUAACAAUCGCAUCUUCAAUUCUUUCACCAAAAGUAACAGAUAAACCCUAAUAUUUUACGAGAUCGCGGUGAUUUUGUUAAUUAGCGGUUUAGUCUUGUUUUUCGUUUGUUUUGAGCGACGAUUCUGAUAGUUUUGGUUGAAUUCUGUGUAAUUUGAGCUGUAAUUUAUGCAACCGGGCGGAGGACAUGGACGGAACACGGCGGCAUCUGCUUCCGCGUCGCCGUCGUCUUCGUCAUCGGGAUUUGAUCCAAUUCAGCAACAGCAGCAGCAAUUGCAGCAGAGACAACAGCAGGAAUUGCAGCAGAGACAGUCAUUCCAUCAGCAGUUACUCAGGAAGCCUGAUGGAAAUGAAGCCAUGUUAGCAUUCCAGGGUGGACUCCAUGGAGUAUUGGGGGGGAACUAUGGGUCAAAUUCUGGCCCCAUGCAGCAUCCUGUACAAUCUAGAAAAUUCACAGAUUUAGGGCAACAGCAUGGUUCUCCGCAUAGUAGGGAGGAAGCUCAAACUAGGAGUCAGGGCUUUGAUCAACAAGUGCUGAACCCAGUACAGCAGGCCUACUUGCAAUAUCAUUCGGCACAACAGAAGUCUGCUCUGGGAAUGCAGUCUCAGCACCUAGGCAUGGUUGGGCAUUCUGGAAAGGACCAUAGCUUGCAGAUGGGAAAUAUGAAAAUACCGGAUCUCAUGUCUGUUCAAGCUACACAGGCUCCGUCAUUGCUGUCAAACAAGCAAUCAGAGCAUUUUGUUCGUGGAGAGAAGCUAACCGAAGAACAGCAACAGAUCUCUGAUCAAAGGAGUGAUUCAAAGCAACCUGUUGUGCAAACUUCCCUCGGACAAUUGAUGCCUGGGAAUAUGAUGAGGCCUAUGCAGACACCACAAUCUCAACAAAACCUCCAAAAUAUGGGUAACAGCCAGCUGGCAAUGGCUGCACAGAUGCAGGCUAUGCAGGCAUUGGCCCUUGAACGUAAUAUCGAUUUGUCAGUUCCUGCAAAUGCAAAUUUGAUGGCACAACUUCUUCCACUCAUGCAGUCCAGAAUGGUUGCACAGCAUAAGGCAAAUGAAUCCAAUAUGGGUGCACAAUCGUCAUUAAUCCCGAUGACAAAGCAGCAGGUGACAUCCCCACAAGUUGCCAAUGAAAGUUCUCCCCGUGGUAACUCUUCUAGUGAUCUGUCAGGACAUUCCGCUUCGGGUAAGGCGAUGAGACAGGCAGGUCAACCUGGCCUGUUUGGUGCAUCUUCUCCGUCCCUGGUUCACAACAGCAACAAUCCAGCACAGCCAUUUUCUGGUCGUGGCAGUGAUAAUCAACUGUCUUCAAGACAACCUACCAUGGUAAAUAAUGCUUCCAUGCAUCCUCCGCAUACAUCUGUAAAUCUGAACCAAGGUGGAGAUCAUUCAGCACCUGGGAAAAGCAAAUUACCUGGUCCAGAAGCUAUGCAGAUACAGUAUAAUAAACCUAUCCGCCGAUCUUCCCCACUAUCUACAGCUCCAUCGAGUGAAGGGAAAUCUGUAAAUCCUGCAUCAUCUCAGGGUGGAUCACUCCCUCAUUUGCAACAACCCUUAGGAUUUACUAAACAGCAAUCACAUGUUCUUAAAGCCCAAAUACUGGCUUUUAGGCGUCUGAAGAAAGGAGAUGGAACCCUUCCCCGUGAAUUACUGCAGGCUAUUGCUCCCCCACCUCUGGAGAAUCAUAUGUUGCAGAUGCCACAUCCUGGGGCAACAGAUACAUCUGCUGGUAAAAAUACAGAUGCAGAAGAUAUGAGGCAUAUUGGAUUCAGUGAGAAAGAUCUACACACUGGUUCAUCAACUGCUGGACUUACUAGUUUGAAAAGGGAAGUAGUUGCAGGAGACGAAAAAACAAUUUCUUCAAGACAAAUUGUACCAGCUGUCUCGAAGGAGCCAUCAUCAUCAGUUCCUUCUCGAGAAGAAGAGCAUCAAACUCUCUUUUCUGCCAAAAUAGAAGAGGGAGAAGAACAUGGGAUUUCAGAAGAUACUAUUACAAGAAGCGAUAUGCAUGUGAAUAAGGGUAAGGCUGUUGCUAUACCAGCUCCUCUGCCCGAGACAGGUCAACUGAAGAAACCCGUGCAAGCAAGCACCCCUCAACCUAAAGACGCUGGGACUGCUAGAAAGUAUCAUGGGCCACUCUUUGAUUUUCCCUUCUUUACCCGGAAACAUGACUCCUUUGGAUCAUCAGCAAUAUCGAACAACAAUAACAAUAUGACCUUGGCAUAUGAUUUGAAGGAUCUUCUUUUUGAGGAAGGCAAGGAGGUUCUUAACCGGAAGAGGACAGAAAAUAUCAAAAAAAUUGGUGAUAUACUUGCAGUAAAUUUAGAAAGGAAAAGAAUCAGACCUGAUCUUGUUUUACGGUUGCAAAUUGAAGAGAAGAAGUUGAAGCUGUUGGAUGUGCAGGCGCGCUUGAGGGAUGAGGUUGAUCAACACCAGCAGGAUAUUAUGGCAAUGCCUGACAGGCCAUAUCGGAAAUUUGUACGGCUAUGUGAGCGUCAACGUGCAGACCUUAGCAGAAAAGUUCAAGCCUCCCAGAAAGCAAUUAGGGAGAAGCAACUAAAAUCAAUUUUUCAGUGGCGUAAGAAGCUACUUGAGGCUCACUGGGCCAUCCGUGAUGCUCGAACUGCCCGUAACAGGGGAGUUGCUAAGUAUCAUGAGCGAAUGCUGAAGGAGUUCUCAAAACGGAAGGAUGAUGAUCGCAGUAAAAGGAUGGAGGCUUUAAAAAAUAAUGAUGUUGAAAGGUAUCGGGAGAUGUUACUUGAGCAGCAAACUAGUAUUCCUGGGGAUGGUGCUGAGCGAUAUGCUGUCCUCUCAUCAUUUUUGUCCCAAACAGAAGAGUACCUUCACAAACUUGGUAGUAAAAUAACUGCAACAAAGAGUCAACAGGAGGUUGAGGAAGCAGCAAACGCUGCAGCAGCAGCUGCGAGGGCUCAGGGUCUAUCAGAAGAAGAAGUAAGAGCUGCAGCAGCUUGUGCUGGUGAGGAAGUAACAAUAAGAAACCGUUUCUCUGAGAUGAAUGCACCAAAAGAUAGCUCAUCCGUGAACAAGUAUUACAAUCUUGCACAUGCAGUUAAUGAAAGAGUUUUUAGGCAGCCAUCAAUGCUAAGAGCUGGAACUUUAAGAGAUUAUCAGAUUGUUGGUCUGCAAUGGAUGCUUUCUUUAUAUAACAACAAACUCAAUGGAAUUUUAGCAGAUGAGAUGGGUUUAGGGAAGACAGUACAGGUUAUGGCAUUGAUUGCUUAUCUGAUGGAGUUUAAAGGAAACUAUGGCCCACAUCUCAUUAUUGUUCCCAAUGCUGUGCUGGUCAACUGGAAGAGUGAGCUUCACAACUGGCUGCCAUCAGUGUCUUGUAUAUAUUAUGUUGGUCAAAAAGAUCAGCGUAUAAAACUAUUUUCACAAGAGGUGUGUGCAAUGAAGUUUAAUGUACUUGUCACGACCUAUGAGUUUGUCAUGUAUGAUCGUACAAAGCUCUCAAAGGUUGAUUGGAAGUACAUAAUAAUCGAUGAAGCUCAACGAAUGAAGGAUAGGGAAUCUGUUCUGGCCCGUGAUCUUGAUAAAUACCGCUGCCAAAGGCGCUUGCUUCUUACAGGAACACCCUUGCAGAACGAUCUUAAGGAGCUCUGGUCACUUUUAAAUUUACUCCUUCCUGAAGUGUUUGAUAAUCGGAAAGCUUUUCAUGAUUGGUUCUCUAAACCUUUUCAACGGGAAGGUCUUCCACAGAAUGUUGAAGAUGAUUGGCUGGAGACAGAGAAAAAGGUUAUCAUUAUCCACAGACUUCAUCAAAUACUCGAGCCUUUUAUGCUUAGACGUCGUGUAGAAGAUGUGGAAGGUUCACUUCCUCCCAAGGUGUCAAUUAUAUUAAGAUGUAGAAUGUCAGCUAUUCAAGGUGCCAUCUAUGAUUGGAUCAAAGCUACUGGUACUCUACGUGUUGAUCCUGAAGAUGAGAAGCUGAUGAGUCAGAAAAAGCCAAUGUAUCAAACCAAAGUAUAUAGAACAUUAGCUAAUAGGUGUAUGGAGCUUCGUAAAACUUGCAAUCAUCCUCUACUCAAUUAUCCAUAUUUUAAUGAUUUCUCCAAGGACUUUCUUGUCAGAUCAUGUGGGAAAUUGUUUGUUCUAGACAGGAUCCUAAUAAAGCUUCAAAGAACAGGGCACCGAGUAUUGCUUUUUAGUACCAUGACGAAACUCCUAGAUAUUUUGGAAGAAUAUUUACAAUGGCGGAGACUUGUUUAUCGCAGAAUUGAUGGGAGUACUAGCUUAGAAGACCGAGAAUCAGCUAUUGUUGACUUCAAUAGUCCUGAUACUGAUUGCUUUAUCUUCUUGCUAAGCAUUCGUGCUGCUGGGAGAGGCUUGAAUCUUCAGACAGCUGACACAGUCGUCAUAUAUGAUCCUGAUCCGAACCCUAAGAAUGAAGAGCAAGCAGUUGCCAGAGCCCAUCGCAUUGGACAGCAGAGAGAAGUGAAAGUAAUUUAUUUGGAAGCAGUGGUUGAUAAAAUCUCAAGCCAUCAGAAAGAAGAUGAAUAUAGGAGUGGAGGUACAGUUGAUUCAGAGGAUGACCUUGCAGGGAAGGAUCGAUAUAUGGGGUCUAUAGAAGGUCUCAUACGGAAUAAUAUUCAACAGUAUAAGAUUGACAUGGCUGAUGAAGUCAUUAAUGCCGGGAGAUUUGACCAGAGGACAACACAUGAGGAGAGACGACUGACUUUGGAAUCUAUGCUACAUGAUGAGGAGAGAUAUCAAGAAACUGUGCAUGAUGUUCCUUCACUCCAGGAAGUAAACCGCAUGAUUGCAAGAAGUGAAGAAGAAGUAGAACUCUUUGAUCAGAUGGAUGAAGAAUUUGAUUGGGAAGAAGAUAUGACUAGAUAUGACCAGGUUCCCAAAUGGCUUCGUGCUAGUUCCAAAGAAGUGAACGAUACGAUUGCUAAGAAAUCUUCCAAAAAGAGUGCUUUGUUUGGGGGGAACAUAGGAGCAGAAUCUAAUGAACUUGAGAAAAAAAGAGGAAGGACUAAGGGUAAAAAGUUUCCUGUAUACACAGAGCUAGAUGAUGAAAUUGAUGAUUUUUCCGAAGCUAGUUCAGAAGAGAGGAAUGGGUACUCGGGUAAUGAAGAGGGAGAAAUUGGUGAUAUGGAAGACGAUGAAUUUGUUGCUGAUGCACCUGCUGACAAUGACAAUCAACCAGAUGAUGGUACACUUGCUGCUGAGGUCUAUGAGGAUCCCCGACCUUCAGAAAGUCAUAGACCAAGUCACAUGCCUGAAGAAGCAGGUUCGUCAGGGUCAUCUUCAGGCAGUCGAAGAUUGAUUCAAAUGGUGUCGCCAUCUAUCUCUGCUCAGAAGUUUGGCUCACUCUCUGCCUUGGAUGCUAGGCCAGGUUCUGUUCCGAAUAGGCUGCCGAAUGACUUGGAAGAAGGAGAAAUCGCCCUGUCUGGAGAUUCUCUUAUGGACCGCCAGCAUUCUGGUAGUUGGAAUCAAGAUCGUGAUGAAGGUGAGGAUGAACAGGUUCUGCAACCUAAAAUAAAGCGAAAGCGAAGCAUUCGGAUUCGACCACGGUUUGCAACAGAGAAGCCUGAGGAGAAAUCCAUUGAGAAAUUAUCGCUACGGCGUGGUGAUUCUUCUCAGGUACCAUCACAGAUCGAUCAUAAAUACGAGUCUCGAGUAAAGAAUGAAAGAGACCAAAAAUUGAUUGUAGAGCCUCAUUCACAAAAGCUGGAGAAAAUUGAUCCGUCACUGAAAACCAAGAGGGGUUCACAUUCACGGAAAAAUUCAAAUUCUGGAAAAGUGCAUGUGUCACAAAAGCCUGGAAAAGUCAAUGUCUUGUCUGCUCCAUCAGAGGAUGCUAUCGAACAUUCUAGAGAAAGUUGGGAUAAGAAAGCGAUGCACAAAGCAGGCAACUCAAUUGAUAAUAAGAUGUCUGAUGGAAUUCAACACAAGUGCAAGAAUGUGAUAAACAAGUUCCAACGGAGAAUAGACAGGGAAGGUCAUCAAAUAGUACCACUUCUAACAGAACUCUGGAAGAAAAGUGAAACUACUGGUUAUAUGGGUGGGAGCAGUCAGCUUGAUAUACGAAAGAUCUAUCAGCGGCUUGAAAACUUUGAUUAUAAUGGAGUAAUGGAGCUCUGUUCUGAUGUUCAGCUUAUGUUAAAAAGUGCAAUUCAGUAUUAUGGCUUCUCGCAUGAGGUGCGAACAGAAGCAAGGAAGGUGCAUGAUCUCUUUUUCGAUCUAUUGAAGGUGACUAUACCAGAAAUAGAUUUUCGAGAAGCCAGGGGUGCUGUCUCUUUCUCGGGGCAUGCAGCGUCUAGUUCUGCUCCACCUUCAAGACAAAUUCUUGCUGGUCAAGGAAAACGACAGAAACAAACCAUUGAGGCAGACCCUGAUCAUAACCACUCUCAGAAGUCGCUUUCUCGUGCAUCCCAUACAAAUGAAGACUCCCGGACUAGAAGCCACAUACCUCAGAGGGAGACAAGGUUUGGAAGCAGCAAUAGUAAUAAGGAGUCCGGCCAGCAUGAAGAUUCUCGACUCUUUGCCCAUCCAGGAGAGCUGGUCAUUUGUAAAAAGAAGAGGAAGGACAGGGAAAAGUCUGUCAUAAAGUCUGGAAAUGGAUCUGCCGGCCCAGUGUCACCUGCUAGUGUUGGUCGUAUUAGAAGCCCAGGUUCAGGUUCAGUUUCAAAGGAUGCCAGAUUGACUCAGCAGGCUCCCCCGCAGCAAGGAUGGACCAAUUCCCCUCAACAGGCAAAUGACAGUCGUAGCGGAGGUAUUGGAUGGGCAAAUCCUGUGAAAAGAAUGCGAACAGAUACCGGAAAAAGGCGCCCAAGUCAAUUGUAACUUGUAAGCUUAGUUUAUACCAUAAGAGAAAAAAAAGAGAAAUUGUUGUUAUUAGUUUCUGGUGGUGAAUCUAUAACCGGACUGAUCCGGCAGGCGUAUGUCCAUAGUGUACACUUUCGUUUGCGUUGUUACCUAAUGCUGUAGUUGUUAUAAUGCUCUACAGAUUUCUUGUAUCUGUGUAGGAAAAGAAUCUGCUUGAGUCUUCUGAUUAGAUAUCAUCAAUGAGAGCUGCAGAGAUUCUUCUAGUUUAA